GGGGGGGGUUUGUUUGUUUGUUUGUUUGUUUUCCUUUAUAUAAUAGCAGGUAUUACUAUUUUUGGAUGAGUGGGGUUUUUUUUUUUGGUCCAAAUGUCCUGAAAACAAACGUUUCUGUGAGGCUGAGCUCUAGUAGUGUAGUCGAGUUUCUUCUGCCCUGAAGCAGAAGCCAGGGCUUGAGUCCAGCUCUGGGUUGGUCUCCCAGAGGGUUGUGUUUAGCGCUUGAAGGAAAAGGUGACCACAGGGUGAGGUGGGACAGUUGUCAGCUCUGCCAAACUUAAUGUCGUGGGUUUGUGCCAACCUGUGCUUGAGAAACCUCUAAGCAAAACAUGAAGUGCUGCACGAGGAAACCUUCCCCUUGGUGUGGGCUCAACGCUGCAGCCGGGCAGAAGGGGCUGCAGGGAUGUGUGGUGAUUCAGGGCAGGGGUUUGUUCAGGCUGUGGAAAACCAAACUUCCUCGUAACCGGGUCUGGUAGGUUUCAAACUCUUGAGAUUUAACAAGCUCCAAGGUUCGCCUUUGUGAUGGUAAAGCUACAGCUGUAGCUAUGUUGGACUUGGCUAGUUAAUCUUUACUGAUUUGCUAUAUUUGGUUCAAGCCAGGGUGGGGCUUUUCCACCCGUGGCUGUAUGAAACACUAGGUAUUGAUCAGCUACUUUAUCUCAUCUUCUUGACAACUCAGUAUCAGCCCUGGCAGGAGAGGCAUUCCCUACUUGGGAAUGUGCUUAAGAAGUGUCUGGGAAAUAAGGUUAGUUCUGUUAGCCUGGCAGGAAGGAGCUCAAAAAUGUUAUAGUAGUUGAACACUUUCUAUUGUAAGAACCUAGCUUUAGUGGUUUCUAAAGUAUUCAAGCAGGGUCUUCUCAAGUGGCUUUUUGGUGGUUUCUGACCUUGUGGGCUGCAAUUUGUGUUUCCAGGUGCCUCCCUCAGGGCAAGCAUUUUUGGAAGGCAACAACAACAGCAAAAAAAACCCCAAAACAACAAAGACAGUGAGCAAAAUGAGCAACUUUUAAGUUGUGAUUGUGUAACAUUGUUCUAAGCAAUCUCCCUCCUCUUUACCUGUAUUUUUGCAGCUAAAAUUCCCACCAGGCCUAUGGAGCCACGAGGGAUUGUCAAAGCCUUUCCCAAGAGGAAGAGAGUGAAGGACGACUCGGGGAAAAGUGUCUCUCCAAAGAUCCCAAAAGAGGAAGGAACAGAAAUACUUGAGGAGUGGCUGAAACCAGUCACUGCCUUUGUGCUGCAAGCGGGCAUUGGCCAGGCCAGGGCAGAGAUCUUCCACAAGCAGAUUGUCCAGAAUGGAGGUGUUGUACACUACCAGCUCUCCUCAGAGGUGACACACGUCAUUGUGGCUGAAGACAUGGACUGUCACCGGGCCUUUCGGCUCCUUAAAUUAGCCAAGCUGCCUUCAGGGCUGCAGCUAGUGAAGGCUUCCUGGCUGAGUGCUUGUAUUAGAGACCAGAAGCUGCUGAGUACCUCUGGCUACCGUGUCUUUAUCCCUCACAGGUACCUGGAAGAAGAAGAAAUGCAGAAAGAACAGCAGCAGCCUGUCCUGGGCAGUGAAGAGAUCCAGGCCUCAGCAGAGGACAGAGCAGUGAAACCAAAUACUGAAGCACAGGUUGGAGAUUCCUCAAAACAAGUCCUGGGCACCCUUGGACAGGAGUUUCCUGCUGAGAAAUACUCUAAUGAUGAAGACAGUGAAGGAGAAGAAGCUAGUGUCACCCAGGGAGAUCUGGAAGCAUUGAUUUCUGGCUGCUACCCUGUGAAAUUGUCAGAGGAGAACAGUGACAGCUCUUCCACAGUGGCCCAGCCUACCAGCAAGUGGGUUUGUGCCCAUUCCUCCAACAACAAGAAGGAAAAUCACAACCAGUGCAUCACAGAGAAGUUGGAAGUGCUGGCAAAGGCCUAUUCUGUCCAAGGGGACAAGUGGAGAGCUCUGGGCUACUCCAAAGCCAUUAAUGCACUCAAGAGCUACCACAAACCUGUCACGUCCUACCAGGAAGCCUGUAAAAUCCCUGGGAUUGGGAAGCGGAUGGCAGAGAAGAUCCUGGAGAUCUUGGAGAGUGGCCACCUGCGCAAACUGGAUCACAUCAGUGAGAGUGUGCCUGUACUCGAGUUGUUUUCCAACAUCUGGGGAGCAGGGGUCAAGACAGCUCAGAUGUGGUACCAUCAGGGUUUCCGGACGCUGGAUGAUAUCCGCACCAAGGCGACCCUCACCAGCCAGCAAGCUGUGGGGCUGAAGCACUACUCGGAUUUCCUGGAGCGCAUGCCCCGGGAGGAGGCUGCAGACAUAGAGCAGACUGUCAGACAAGCUGCCCUGGCCCUGAUGCCUGGGCUUGUGUGUGUAGCAUGUGGCUCCUACCGUCGGGGGAAGCCCACCUGUGGAGAUGUGGAUGUGCUGGUCACUCACCCAGAUGGACAGUCUCAUCGUGGAGUGUUCAGCAAGCUGCUUGACAGCCUUCACAGGAGUGGCUUCCUUACAGAUGACCUAGUAAGUCAGGAGGAUAACGGUGACCAGAAGAAGUACCUGGGGGUGUGCCGCCUCCCCGGGCCCGCCCGGCGGCACCGCCGGCUGGACAUCAUCGUGGUGCCGUACCGGGAGUUCGCCUGCGCCCUGCUCUACUUCACCGGCUCCGCUCACUUCAACCGCUCCAUGCGGGCCCUGGCCAAGACCAAGGGCAUGAGCCUCUCAGAACAUGCCCUCAGCUCGGCUGUGGUGCGAGGCCCUGGAGGUGUCAAGGUGUCAUCUGGCCAUACUCUGCCCACUCCCACUGAGAAGGAUGUCUUCAUUCAGCUGGGGCUGCCUUACCGGGAGCCCUCAGAACGGGACUGGUGACACCCGGUUGUCACCCUGGGCCCAUGGUCAUGCUGCUGUUUUGAAGGGUGCUGGUUUUCUGAGUGCUGCUCUGUGGUGGCUGCAGACUGGGGAACGUAUCCCAGCGAACUGGAGCUCCUUGCAAGUGCAAGGUCCUGCUGCUGGCAGAGCUGUGUGGCUUCACCGAGCAGAGCCUGUGGGCUGUAACCAUGCUGGAAGCACUGCCUGAUGCCACAGGCCUUGGCUACCAAAAGGACUUGCUGCCCAUCAGCUACACUGGCCCUGCUCUCCCUGCAGAAGCUUCAGAAGGCUCAGCUGCAGAGCCUUAUGAUCCAGCCCCUCCUCAUGCUUGGGAACAGGGGAUGUGGAUGUGUCUUCCUCUGUGUCUGUGCACGGACACCCCAAAAUCUCUGGACUGUGCGUGAAGGCAGCCAGGAUCUGGCUUGGCCCUGGAACAGGCCUUCCCCCUUCUCACUGCUGCUGGCAGCUGCUACCAGUGGCACUCAUGAAGGGUCCCCCUGUACUGCUGUGUCCUCCCUCGGUCUGAUCUGAUCUGUGUCUUCUGGUGGGUCUCACUGCACAGGACUGGGCUUCCCCUGGUGCCAGGUAAGCCUUGAAGGAGGUGCAGGGACCCAGUGUGCUGUGCCUGCCAGCUCUGAGCCUGUCAUGUGCUGAAGAUGCUCCAGUGCAGGGAGCUGCGAUCCCCCGGGUCUGGCCCCAAGGGCUGCUUUCCUUUCGGAGCAGGAGAGGAUCAGACUGCCUGGCUCAGGGAGCUCUGCUCAGGAUGGGUUUGAAUGUAAUAGCACUGAAUGUAACCUGGCAGAGCUGUGUGAUGGAUAGAAGGAAUGGAGGUGGAGAGAAACACGAGGAGACGGUUUAGUUCUAACUUUGGUGAAGUGAAGCUUUCCCUUCAUAUGUGUGGAAGCCAGGGAGUCACCUGGUCUUAGAUCAGAGAGCAUGAGUGUGUGUGUGUGUGUACUUGAGUAUACAUUUACAUGUGGCUGGCCCUGUCAGUUCCAUGGGAGUUAAUUUUAUUUCUCAGGAAACCUCAACUAUUUUUAUAUUCUGAAGAUGAAUUUCCCAGAGACUUUCAGUGCUCAGUCUCAGUUACGGGUGUUGCAGUGGUUGCUCCUGGCAGAGGUGCUGCUCUGUGGCAUCAGCUGCCAGGAGGGUGUGUGUUCUGUGCCAGGAUUCCAGGGCUCCCUCUGGCCAGUCUGUGGUGUCCAGUCUAGGUGUCCCUAGAGGUGUCAUUUGUCAGCCCAGCCUUUGUGCUGAACACCUGAUGGAAAUGAAUGUCUUGGUUCUUUGAAAUGUGAAGUAUAAUAAAUCCCUUCUCUCUUUUUCCUUGA